AUGAUACUAAACACUCUCGUAGUUAAUACAUCGGCCGGCGUCGAGCUAUCCUACAUUGACAGCGGCGCGCCUGCCCAGCCGUCGUACAUCACUAUCUUUGCCAUUCAUGGUAUGAUCUUUACCAAGGAGAUUUUCCAGCGAGUGAUAGAUCUCGCUCCAUCCAAAGGCGUGCGCUUUGUCGCGCUGAAUAGGCGUCCCUUUCCUGGUUCGACGCUACUCUCCGUGGAGGAACUCAUAAUCACUGAAACUGGAGGUACUGACGAUUCUCAGCGAGAGGCAUUAGUCGAGGCUCGAGGGCAUGAAAUUGCUAUUUUCAUUGAUAUCUUCAUACAGAAAUUCAAGCUUCCGUCGAUCUCGAGCGGUGGUGGGGUCGCAUUCCUUGGAUGGUCUAUCGGCGCGACCUUUGCUCCUAUGGCAAUAUCAAGCGUCGAUUCACUUCCACAGGACGUCCUCAGUCGUCUAAGUGACUACAUGCGUUCCUUAAUUCUUUACGAACCCGCCCCAACCGCACUAGGGUUACCCACCCUUAAGCAGAACUGGACGUUCCUCGUAGACAACACGGUUCCGGAGAACCUCCGCCUAGCCGCGUUCGUGCAGUGGUGCACGUCUUAUUUUGACCAUACCGACAUCGUGGGGCGUGACCUUGACAAGCUGUCCUGGGUUUUGGCCUCCCCUUCUCGUGCGCCCACAUUCUUCAACGGUGUGCCUCUGGAGAUUCAGCGCUAUGGGGAGGAUGCAGCGACGGAUCUGCCGUUCUUGUUCUUUUUCUCGAAACAGAUUCUGGGCGCGUAUCGGAAAGCUUUUUUGGACUCGGAGGUGUUUCCGAAUAUGAGGAGAUCGUUUGUCUGUGGAGACAAGACGUGUGCUUUUGGUAUUGCUGGCUUGUGGGCUGUGCAGGACGAUUCGAAGAAGCUAAGGGGAGCGGGUGCGAAGGAAUUCCAUCACAAGAUUAUCAAAGGGGCUAAUCAUUUUGUGCAUUGGGAUGAUCCUGAAAAGGCCCUUGAUGCGUUUCUUGACAUGGCGUAG